CUGGAUUGAUCCAAGAGCUUCAUGUAUAUUGUGCAAAUAAAUGUUAUGGCUGCCCUACACUCGUACGCCUUGAUUCACAUAAACAUCAUUUAUUGUCUUGUUCUUACACUCCAACAUCAUGUCAGAACUCACAAUGGGGAUGUGAUUUUAAAGGAACUAUAAAGACUGUUAAAGAUCAUCUUGACAUUUGUGUUUAUGAGAAAUUUAAGAAUUAUAUUCAAAUGAAUGAUGCUAGAAUCGAACAAUUAGAAAAAACUAUAGAGGAACAACAGCGUAAAAUUGAAAAUUUACUAUUACUAGUGAAAAAAUCAAGACCCGAAAUUGUGUCAUCAAUAGACUCUGUUAUCGUUAAUGGCAAUGGAAUUGAUUAUCGUCCGUUAAUAGAAGAUGAUAAGACAGAUACUAUAUCUGAGCAUACUUGUGGUGUUACAUCACUUGCAUAUGAUAAAGGUUUGAUUUAUGCUGGUGCUCAUGAUGGAUCAGCAAAGAUAUUCAAAGCAGAUUCUGGACAAAUGAUCAAAAAUUUACAUGGUCAUCGAAUGUCCGUUUGGGCUUUAGCUGUAAGCCCAGAUAAUGAAAGAUUUUUCAGUGCAGGAUCUGAUGGGACAAUUAAAGUGUGGGAUUUGAAGGAGGAUACUUCUGAAAAUUGUAUUAGUACCUUGACACAACAUAAUGGUAAAAUAUAUGGAUUAGUUAGUAGUAUGAAUAAGCUUUACUCUGCUUCAUCAGAUAAAACCAUCAAGGUUUGGGAUCCUGUUACAUUAGAAAACAUAUCAACGUUCACUGGCCAUUCUGAUGGCGUAAAUAAUUUGAUUGCAAUGGACAAUGGAAAGUUGGCAACUGCGGGAAGUGACAAUACUGUUAAGAUUUGGGAUGUGACAACAGGCGAAUGUAUUCAAACAAUAUCCUCUCAUUCAUCUGAAGUUUUAGAUGUUGCAUCGGGUGAUAAUCUUUUGUUCGCCUCAACGUAUGAUGCUGUUAUACAUGUUUACAACCUUAACGAUUACUCAUCCGUUGCUACACUGUCUGGGCAUAAUUGGGAAGUGUGGCAAUUGCAAUAUACUAAUGGGGCAAUGUUUAGUGCAAGUUUUGACCAUACAAUCAAACGUAAAAUUACCUCUUAG